AUGUCCCAAGAGUAUGUGGUGCAGUCGUUCCACGUCAACGUGGGUGCCGGCGAUGCCGCCGUCCAUGUGAGGGCCAAGGUGACGAUCGACAAGGACGACAAUCUCGUCUACACGCUGGACAAAGCCGUGUUGGUGGACGGCGGGGAUGGAACGUUGCCUGAAGUGCUCAAUUUGUUCAAGCUGCUCAAGGCGCUGCCGGCGCAGUAUACCAAUUGCAAGAAGGCCAAGUGGCUGCCGCUGGAUGCGAUCGUCAUCACGCACUGGGACACGGAUCACUGGAAGGGGGUGGUGAGUCUGAUGAGGGACCACGGCGGUGACCGAGACGACGACAUCCCGUUCCUCAAGUACAAAAAGGACAAGGAUAAGAAGACGGUUCCGGUGUCGACUAUUUAUGCGCCGGAUGAUAAAUUUCCCAAGAGCAGCUUCAAGCUGGUGGAACCUGGCAAGGACACGGUGCUGGUGAUCGGCGGCCAUGGUCGCCCCGUCGCCCGGUUCUGUCAUGGCCCGGGGCUCAUCGGCAGCGACUUCUUCGAUGGCGUCCUGGGAGACGGCUCCCUCCCUCCCGGGGGGACGGCAGAACUGUACAGGGACACUCGCAGAGCUGGAGGGCAAGCGGACGCGCCGGCGAUGCUCUGCGUAUGCAGCACCAAUAAGUGGCCGGGGACAAGCGUGCUCGAUGCAACCAUCACCGAAACCAACAUGAAGUCGAUUGCGAAUAUCAUCGUGUGGCCGGGGGGGGAGGUCACCCACUACUUUGCCGGCGAUCUGAAUUGUGACAACGAGGACCUGGUGGCGGCAUGGAUCGGUCGGAGGAUCCCGACGAUGAAGCUGAGCCACCAUGGCGCCAAGUCGUCGACGCCGCUGGACAUGUUUGAGAUGUACCAACCGAAGAACAUCAUCAUUUCUGCGGGAGGCAAACAUGGACAUCCUAGCCCCGAAACCCUCCUGGUGCUGUUUUCCUAUUUUGCCACUCAAGCCGCCUAUCUUCCAAUGACCCUCUGGCCGACCCAGUAUCCGCACUGGAUGGUCACCAAAGACGAUGGCGACUACAAGAUGUACCGGUAUUUCACCGUGCAGCCGUUCCUGGAAAUGGGCGACAAAAAGACGACGAAGAAGGAGGUGAUAUUGUCCAGGUUCCAACAAGCCAUCAAGACCUACUACGACAAGGCCAAACUGAACCGCGAGAGCAUCUGGGAUAGCUUCCAACGAUGGGCGGCCGACCACACCACGAACAACAAGGUCCCUCGACUGGAUGCGUAUCAAGAGCUGGUCAGCCAGCUGGAGGAUGAGUACAACAAAUACUCCACGGUGGACGCCACGACCAUCGCGGGGGCCUCGCAGAACACGACAGGCUCGGCGACGACCUCGCAGGACCAGAUCUGGUACGUGGCCGCCUUUCAGGCCAAGGCCAGCUCCAAACGGCUUCUGACGAAGCUCUUUGCCCGCCGCCACCGCGACGGCGAUUUCGAACCGUGGAAACCCAGCGGGGAUCCCAGCAAGCGUGGGUUCACGGAAUCCAAAUCACCGAGGAUGUCGAAAACGUCCCUCAAAGCCGAGGACUCGAUCGCAUCUAGAAUAAAGAAGGCUGCCUCUCGCGCACCCAAAAACGUCGUCUUGGCGGCGUCGGACGACGAGGAAGAGGUCAUUUUUGAACGCCCUGGCAAGCGUCUUGGGCCGGUCGAGAUCUCUCCAACCAUCCCCUGCGGUCUCUGCUGCAGCAGCUUCGUCUUCGGCGAGCAUUCCUACCUGCCUCCCAUCACGGUGCAGCUGCCAACUGGCCACGCCUUUGAUCGCUUCCUGACGACGCUCCCUGGCGGCAUCCUCGGGUUCGACACGACCACGGCCAGGAGGGAGGGGGAUGAGUACCUUGUCCCGGUUCAUCAAGACGACCGCUGGUUGCAGUGGAUGCGAUGCUGGGCGGGAUGCAAAAGCCUCGUCGCUGUCUUUACUGAUGACUCGGUUGAUGCUGACAGCUUCCACAGCCUGCGACUGCAACUUGAAGACGUCGCCACCUUCUCGACAAGUCGACUGGACGCCAGCCUGGGACUACAAACCAAAUCCCCCCUGGGCAUCUAUCCCGGACUGGCGACAAUCGGCUUCGGGAUGGAGGCCGGAAACUCACCCUGGACAGCUCCAGGCAAGGACAUCUUCGCCAAACUCCGCGAGUGGCUGGUCUGGAACCCCCAGGGCCCGUCAGGGAUAGGGCAGGCCAUGGUGGAGGCGACGACAUGGCAGUUACAGGCCGGGCCAUCCUCCGGCACGCAACGGGGCUCUGCCAUCUGGUUCACGCCCGCGCUGAACAAACGGUUGACUGUCCGGUUGGAGUUCUCGUUGGCGAGCAAGGAGCAAGAGACGUUCAGGGGCCGUCUGCGGGCCGUGCUGGGCGCCCAGCUGGGAGACGCCCUCUCGGUGGAGGAGAUCGGGAUGACCUUCAAAUGGCAGAGUACGCUGAUGACCAGCAAAGGCACGGAUGCGUUUGUUCAAGGCACUGCCUGGGCGUGGCUGCAUUGCAAGCUGGUCAUUGCCGGCUUCUCGGUGCCGCUGGAUGUGUGCAUCGAUGUGAUCCGCGAGGACUCGUUGCCCUCGGCCGUCACCAUCCAGGCGGCCCCCAAUUUCCACGCCAUCCAAGACAUCCUGCGUGGCCUCGGGGCCCUGGUCUCGCUCCCCAGCCUCGACGACAUCAACGGCAGCAUCCCCGGCAGCUUCUUCCCGAAGAUCGCGUUCCGCAGGCUCAUCCUCGAGUCCCAAGGGAGAGCAACACAGGGGGCCUUUUCUCUCGGCAAGAUAUCGCUGGACUUGGAGGCCAGCUUCCACCAGAAGAAGGACAAUGGCGGCGACGUGUCGGUCAACCUGUCCAUCGCCUGCCAGCCGGGAAACCUCCAGUCGCUCAGCUUCCAGGCGAGCCUGUGGACGCCCAAUCUCCCGCCCCUGAAGCCGUCGCCUCCGUAUCAGAUCAUGCCGGCGUACGAGGCCUUCAAGGACUUUGGCCCGCAGUCCGGAGCAGCAGCGUCAGUCUCCCUCCUCGACCUCUUGCCAGGCGUCACCGUGCCACAGCCUCCGGCGGGCAUCCCGACGGACAUUGUCGCGCUGGGGAUCGCGUAUGAAAACGAGACGGUCAGGAUCUGGGGCACAAUCGAGGAUUGCUCCCUCCCCGCCACGGAUCUGCCCGUCAUCUCGCUGGACCACGUUGCCCUCGAUUGCUUCUACAGCCUGGCCGCGGGUCAUGCCUGGGGCGUCGCCUUUGAGCUGGCCGUCGAGAUCCAGCCUCCCGCGGCGCUGAUGCACCCGGACGUCGACCUGGGGGCGAGUCUGCUGUGUGGCCGCAUCGCGUAUGCCUCGUCGAGCGGCUGGAAGGUCGAAGCGAGUGUCAUGGACCUCACGCUCGCCCAUCUCUGGCAGUUCUUCCAGCCGCAGCAUCAGAAAGCUCUUGUCACGGUGCUCAGCGCCAUCGGGAUCCGGCAGCUUUCCCUUCAGUACUCGAUGGAAGCAGGCCAGAAUGCCUCGGGAUUCACCAUGACCGGCUUGAUCGAUGUUGCUGCCGCCCAUCUGAAGUUCAACUACGAAUACUCCUCGAAUGGGCCCUGGAAGAUCUUUGCCUCUCUCCAAACCGACCCCGUCGCCCAGGACAUUACCCUGGGAAGCCUCCUCCGUGCAUUGAGCCCUGGCGACGGCCUCCUAGGGAGCAUCAUUGACCUGGUGGGCGGCAUUGUGCUGGUCAAGUCUGGUACCUCUCCAGGCUUGACAUUACAGGUCAAGCCCGAGUCACACACCACUCCCGAUGGGCAUGUACAAACGACAAUAACCCUAUUGACCACCAUCAAGGUUGGCAGCCUGAGUGUGACGUACUGUCAAUACACGGCCGCCGCAGAGCAUCAGGACAGCAGUCCCCCUACGCUGCGACGGCUUCUACUCGUCAAGAUGGAGUCUUUCACCAUUCCGAUGCCGGAUGUGCCGUUAUUGAAACAGCUGGAGAAGCCCUUUGACAGCCUCUUCGUGCUCUGGACCGACCACGAUAUCCCCGAGAGUACGCUGGCCGGCCUGGACUCUUCCUUUGCCGAGGCAUGCUCUCUGGGGCAAGACGAUGAAUCGUUCCAGGCAGGCCUCCAUACCGGCAUCAUCGCCAACGGCCAGGUUUUAUUGAAACAUUGUUUUGGAGAGUCCAAGGAACAGGCCAAGGAAAAGGCGAGCCCGGAGCCAGGGAUGGCUCCCAGCAUCCUGCAUCCCAGCAUCUUUGCCACCGACAGGGAGAUCCAGCAUUCCUCCAAGACGUCGAGUACCAAGUACAGCAAGAAACUGGGACCCCUGCGUAUCUCCAGCCUGGGGCUCAAGUUCCACGAUGGCCAGAUUCUCGUCGUGGUCGAUGCCCUGCUGCAGGUUGGCCCCGUGGAGAUGGAGCUGCUGGACUUUGGGCUCGCUCUCGACCUGCGCAGCCUGGCGGGCGGUGCCAUCUGCUUGAAGCCAUCCCUGGCCGGGCUGGGGCUGGCGGUUCAAUCGCCGCCGCUGACUCUCGCGGGUUCUCUGCUCCGAAAGGACACUGUCCUUGCCGGCGGCGUCCUGGCGGCGUUGGAUCCGUACCUCUUCCAGGCCAUGGGGGCGUACGGGACUGUGGCAGGGAUCAAGACGGCGUUCAUGAUCCUGUCCGUGGGCGGGCCCUUGCUGAACAUCAACGGCGUCAUGAUCUCGGAUGUGGUCGCGGGCUUUGGCUACAACUCGGAUCUCAGAUUCCCGGACCCCCAGGCCGUCUCCUCGUUCCCCCUGCUGGCCAUGGGACAGCCACAGCCGCCUAUUGAUCCCUUGCAGACGUUCCAGGACCUGAUGAAGGAGUCCGGAUGGAUCUCGCCCACAGAAGGGUCCUUCUGGGUGGGCGCCGGCCUCAAGGCAUCCGCCUUCAACAUGCUGGAUGCGAAGAUCGCCGCCGUCGUCAAGAUCCAGCAUUCGCGGCUCUCGCAGAUCGGCCUCUUCGUCGACUGCAUCGCCCAGAUGCCCAAGAAGCCCGCCCCGAAGCCGUUCGUCUCCCUCGAACUCGGCAUCAUGGCCGUCGUCGACCUGGUGCAGGGAUCCAUCCUCGUCGCGGGCGCUCUGGCGCCAACCUCGUAUGUGCUGGACCCGGCCUGCCAUCUCACCGGCGGGUUCGCCGCCAGCACCUGGUUCGAUCCCUCUCCGUAUGCCGGGGAAUGGGUGUUCACUCUCGGGGGCUACCACCCGCACUUCACGCCGCCGGUAUACUACCCACGGGAUAUCGCCGCCGUGGGCAUCGUCUGGCAGGUGGACGAGCGCAUCUUUGUGCGCGCCGGGGCCUAUUUUGCCAUCACCCCCAAGCUGUGCAUGGGUGGCGCCGCCAUGCUGGCCACCUGUGAUGUCGCCGGCUUGCAUGCCUCCUUCUCGGCCCUGAUCGACUUUCUCAUGAACUUCGAGCCCUUCCACUAUGUGCUCGACGUCGCGAUCGAUAUCAGUGUCUCCUGGAGCGGGUACGUGCUGUGUAUCUGGACCACCAUCGGGGUCGAUAUCACGGCGGAUCUCCAUAUGUGCGGGCCCCCCGUCUAUGGAACAUUCACCAUCAAAGCGCCGAUCAAGAACGUCACCGUGGAAUUUGGCGAUCCCAGUGGUCGGAAUGUCCCAGGGCCGGUGGAUCUGGCGAGAUUCCGCCAAAUGCUGCAGCAAUCCGGCCAGGGCGAGCGGCAGGAGCUGAAGAUCUCCUGUCGCGCCGGUAUGCUCAUGGAGGACGGCGAGCAGUGCUGGAGGGUGCGAGCAGGCACUUUUGUCUUUGAAGUCAAGUCGAACGUGGCCACCACCCAGCCAUUCCUCAACAAUGAACCCGUGGGAAAUGCCUCCUCGGUCUUCGCCACGCCGAUGCAUCUGACCAACAUGACCGGCGGACUCGAGGCGGAUCUCAAGGUCAACAUCACAUCUCCCGAGGGGACUGAAGAGUUCCAGGCAGAUCAAAUCUCUGGAGGUCUUCCUGCAGCUCUCUGGUCUGUUUAUAACCCCUUGGAAGACCCAAGUUCCCCUUCCAGCAACAAGUCUGCUUUAUUAGAUGGCUCCUCUCCCAUUAUUCCAUCUGUUUAUGGUCUUGGUGUACGCAUGCCUCAAGCCCGCCCAUGCGAAGACGCCAUCCAGCCCUUCCCCGUCAGCUGCAUGACAAACACCAUCACAAUCACGCCGCCUCCUAUUCCCUCGCCCCGGGAAGCAGAUGCCUCUUGGGAGGGAGUAGAUGCACCUGGCAAGACCAAUCCCGAGAAGAGAGAAGCUGUUCAAGGGAUCUGGCGAAAUCCCCCCAUGGAGCGGCAAGCGUUUAGCAAGACGUGGAUUGAGGCAAUGGGCUGGUCAGAUUGUGCCUUGAAUCCGCAGUCUCCAGAGCGUCUGCUUAAUCAGUUUGAUUCCUUUGUUCGUGGGACGCCGCUGGUUAGCGUUCUUUAA